AGUUUGUCUUCCCCAGUGCCUUUGCUAGCGCAGAAAGAGCGUAUAUUCACAAGCUGUGCAAGACGUUGGGUCUCCAGUCCAAGAGCUAUGGCAUGGGAGAGGAGCGCUCUCUCAAGGUGUCACGCCGCGUGGAAACAGAAGUCGAGUCCUCCAGGUCGGCGCAGGUGGCGCCGGCAAUCGUGAACGUCCUCCAGGCUCCCCUGCGGGAUUUCCCCAGCGCUGAUGAAGCCGUUGCAGCAUCGCCCGCACACUCCACUGCUGAUAUCAAGCCAUCUAAAACCGGCGUUCUUGGCUCUCUGGCGCCGCAAGUACCAUCAGUUGCCCGUCGUCCAGCCGAGUUGUCCACCUUCCGCGAGCAGCUGCCUGUCUGGACAAAGCAGGAUGAGAUUCUGCAGCUGAUUGCCAAGCACCAGGUCAUAUUAAUUGCUGGAGGGACAGGCUGUGGCAAGACAACGCAGGUGCCGCAGUUCCUGUUGGAUGCGGCCACGCGACACAAUCAGGCCGUGCAGGUUGUGUGCACACAGCCGCGGCGCCUGUCUGCCAUUGGUGUUGCCGAGAGAGUGGCUGCAGAGCGCGGUGAGCAGGUGGGAGGCAGCAUUGGCUAUAUGAUCCGCCUCGAGAACAGGAUGAGCAAGAGCACUACGCUGACCUUCUGCACAAACGGCAUACUGCUGCGCGCACUGAUGUCGGACACCGGAGGCAUGGACACUCUUACUCACGUCAUUGUGGAUGAAAUUCAUGAGCGUGACCGCUUCAGUGACUUCCUACUGAUAUCGUUACGUACUAUACUGAAGGAACGGCCUAACUUGCGUCUGAUCUUGAUGAGCGCCACAAUGAAUACCGAGUUGUUUGUGCAGUACUUCAACAACUGCCCUAUCGUUGGUGUUGAAGGACGAACCUACCCCGUCCAGGCCGUUUUUCUCGCCGACGUUCUCUAUCAUACUGGCCACCACAAUCCUGGGAUGGCCGCCCUUCUCUCGUCGAACCAGUCCGACGGUGGUGCUUUGCAAGAGCACGACGACCGAUUGCAGCGCGCCGUGUCUGCGCUGGCUGCCUCCACAGCCGAGAUUGGCACCACCGCCAGCAGUCCUCAACCGUUGCAAAGCGAAACGGAGGAUGAGCAAAGCGAGCGGCAACUCGCAUUGGAGAAGGAGGACGGCGAGGGUGUGGAGAUGGCGGCUGCGGCGGCUUCCAAACUUACCGUCGAAGACAGGAACCAUGGCGAUGAGGAGGAGAAUGAUGAUUACGAUGAGGAUGACGAAGAUGUUAUUAUCAUCGAUAGUGACGUGGAGCUAGAAAGUGCUGAUGAGGACAAUGUCGGCGAUGAAAACGACGCCACCGCUGGUCCUGCUGUUGAUGAUAUCGUUACGGCGCAGUCUGAGGUGGCCGACGUGGGUACAGUGGAAGCAGACGCCACCGCUGUCGCGGCUGAGACCACCGUCACCGUUGCCGACGGUUUCCAGGGUGACCUGUCGGCUACGGAUGCUCACGUUGACGCGGGCAUCGGCGCCGAAGAACUGCAGGAGCGCGAGCGCCUGCUCAUGGCGUAUCAGGAGUCGUUCAAUGACGAUCGUGUGGACGUUGGCCUGAUCGUCACGCUCUUACAGAAAGUUAUCGUGGAAGGGGCAGACGGUGCUAUCCUGGUUUUCUUGCCUGGCUAUGAAGAGAUAAUGGCUGUGGAGGAUCAUAUCCAGGCUGGUCCACACAAGCAUCGGGUGCACAUCAUCAAACUCCACUCCAUGCUACAGCCAGCAGAGCAGCGCAAGGUGUUCCAAGGCACGCCGCGGGGCAAGCGAAAGCUGGUGCUGUCAACAAACAUUGCCGAAACCAGCUUGACAAUCAACGAUGUUGUCUUUGUCAUUGACAGCUGUAAAGUGAACGAGAAAUCUUAUGACUCCAGUGCAGGAGUGUCUACAUUACAGUUGCGCUGGGUGUCUCAAGCUAGUGCUGUGCAGCGGAGAGGAAGAGCUGGUCGCUGCCAAUCUGGUAUCUGCUACCAUCUAAUCAGUCAGCAACGGUUUACACGCCUGGCGCUGCAUCAGCAACCUGAACUCUUGCGUAUUCCUCUGCAGGAGUUGUGCCUGCACACCAAGCUGCUCACCGCACCGUCAGUGUCGAUUGCCGACUUUCUCGGCCAGGCUCCUGACCCACCGCCAGUGCUGGUGCUGAACCGGGCCAUUCGUAGACUGCAGCAUAUUGGUGCUCUGGACGACGAGGAGAAUUUGACUACUCUCGGUCGACAUUUAUCAGUGCUGUCAGUCGAGCCCAGGCUUGGUAAAAUGGUGCUCUAUUCGGUGCUUUUCUGCUGUUUGGAGCCGGUGGUGAUUAUCGCUUGUGCGCUGGCAUAUCGUGAUCCAUUUGUGCUACCGUUGCGUCGUCAGAAGAGUGCCAGUGAGGCAAGGAGACAUCAGUUUUCCGCCGGUAGCCUUAGUGAUCAUAUAACAGUCUAUCAUGCUUACCAGGAAUGGCUGAAGCGUGGGCCGGGCACUCCGGCAGCGUACAGAUUCUGCAGUGAGAACUUCCUCUCCCAUCCUGUACUACAAACCAUCCAUGGAAUGAGUCGUCAGCUGCAUGGGCAGCUAGUGUCCGCUGGAUUUGUCAAUAAGUUCAAUGAGUCUUGGAAGGACUCUAACUCGCGCAAGGUCGCUGUUGUGAAGGCAGUACUCUGUGCUGGACUGUACCCGUCCGUUGCUCGUAGAAACCCGGUCACACAUCGUCUGAUGACGCCGCGCGAGAACAAGAUCUACAUUCACGCAUCGUCAUCGCUGUCACAGUCGCCGAUCUUUGCGCCCUUGGCCUCGGGUGGUGGUGGCUCCGACGCGAAGAACGCCAGAAAGGCUGCCUGCGCGGACUCCUGGGUGGUGUACGAGGAACUCGCCAGGGUGCACAGCAAAGUGACGGUCAAGUGCUGCUCGUCGGUAUCAUCGCUCUCCGUCAUGAUCAUGGCAGGCGAUGGCUUACCGUCAACACCACCCGUUACUGCUGUUGCUGCUGCUGCUAUCGCUACCAGCGCACAGCCAUCAUCAGCGCCAUCCACUACGGGACCUGCAAGCAGUGCUGCAAGUGCUGUGAGCGACCCCACAACGUCGGUAGCCCCUCACGAGCAAGCUUUGGCCACCACCGCGGCUGCUACUGUGCAGACCACUAGUGGAGCAGCUGUGCCUGUGUCUGGCGGGUCAGCCAUGUCAGUGUCUGCUACCAUGGCAACGUCGACGUCGGUUGCUGGUGACCAUGCCGACGACUUGACGGGUGCCGCUGAUGAUGGUCUGGCAGUGCUGCAAGUCGACGACUGGAUCUCGUUUAGACUGGACCCAAAGGUCGUGGACUGCUUGACAUCCGUGCGAUGCAGACUCCACGCAGCGUUCCAGCGACUGCUUGCCUCACCGCACAAGAAACGCUCGCCACAGGACAUGGCUCUAGUCCGCGCUAUUGUGAAUGCAAUCACCAUGGAGGCAGCAAAGGAGUCGGGUUCUGCCGAAGGUUACACUACUCCACAGCACUCGGUCCAGCAGCGGCCGGAUGGGAGAUACUCCACGCCAGGCGGGACACGCGGAGGUGCUGCUUCUAGCCCCUCGUCAGGCGGAGGUGCUACAAGGUGGCGAGAAGGAGGUGGUACCCCGUCACGGGUAGGAGGUGGUACCCCGUCACGGGGAGGUGGCACACCGUCACGAGGAGGAGGUGGUACCCCAUCACGAGGAGGUGCCUCGGGGUUCCAGCGCGAUGCAUUACAGGAUCUGUAUGGCCCACAAACCAGCCCAGGUCAGUCAGCCAGCAGCCAUCACAGAGCACAGUACCAGCAGCAGUCCGGGCCAUCACCCCGAGGUCAGGGCAGGGGCUCUCGGAGGGGACAGGGCGCACACCGAGGACGUGGUGGUCACCAGCCCCAUGACAGCACACCGGAUGCACGACACCACUCGGCGAGGCCCAGGUCAUCCGGGAACUUCGCCGCCUCAUCCUCCUCCAGCAGCCCCGCUUCUGACGCAUCGUCCAGAGGUAGAGGAGCGCAUCGGGCCAGCGCCUCAUCAAGACAUCACCAGCAGGGCCAAGGUACUGGCAACGCAAGUGUUGGCACUGCUGCCGCCACCGCUCAUGCUGCUCCUGCUUCUGCACGGUCUUCAGAGUCUUCGGGGCAGAGGCGGCGGGAGAGGUCAUCGGCCACUGAUACCGCCUCUGAUACUGCCGGUGCUGCUGCAUCGGUAUCUAGACCCAGGCAAUCCAGCAUCACAUUGGCAGCUAACUUUGGACAGAAACCCAAGAGCUGAACCCCCGGUAUGCGGUGCUGACCAAGAGCUGAACCCCCGGUACGCGGUGCUGACUAAUGCCUAUCUGUGUGCGUGCUAGCCGGGGUCAUUAUCCAACACUCGCUAGAUUUCAGCAACAUGGCUGCUCAAGUGUGCAUGUGUGUGUUGCAAGGCUGGCUGGUUCGGCACUGACCAAGUACACUAGUAAACAACCGUGUGGUUUCCCCGUCUUGCCUGGCUCGUGAUUCUUGUCUCGGCAACGCCACCUGUUUGGGCAUCUCGUCGUCGACCGUGCUGCACUGUCAAGACUGACUCCGUGUGCUCGCGUCACGCACACGCAUGCGUGGCCAGUGGCAGCUACAGUGGAAGAGCGCGCGCGUGUGUGUGUGUGUGUGUGUGUGUGUGUGCGUGUGUGUGCUGACUGCAGCAGCAGCAGCAGCAGGGACAGCACUGUAACAUACCGUCUUAUGCAUGUGCUGCUGCUAGGCUAGUUUACGUGGUCUUAUCCAUCAUAGUUAUGCAGAGCCACACUCUGCAAAGUCGUGUCCGUGUGCUAAACGCCGUGUGAGGUCGUAUCCAUGUGCUCAACCACUCCACACACUCUGUGAGGGCGUAUCCAUAUGCUAAACCAGUCUACAUACUCUGUGAGGCCGUAUCCAUGUGCUAAACCAGUCUACAUACUCGGUGAGGUCGUAUCCAUGUGCUAAGCCAUGGUAGUUUUAAUUUGGGUGUACAUGUGUGUGAACUAAGAAAAAAGGCUUUGAGUGCUUUUUUAACAGCAUUUGUCUCGGUUAUGUCCUAGCCAAACAAAUGGAAACCAGCCAGCUUUUCUGGUAAGCUGAGUUCGUAGCAUUCCCAUCGGCACAUCCUGGCGACAGUUGCCCUUUCGGUACCUUUGCAUUUGUUGUAUUUUUCGUUCGUGAUUGUGGUCAUAUCGUAUUCUCUUCAUGGCCUACGGCCAAUAAUACGCUGACCGUUGCUUCUAUGCGAGUUUUAUGCUUAUCUCCACAAGAUUGAUUGUAGCCAGUAAGUAGCCUUGUUUGAAGAUUCCAGAACUCAAAUAUUUUUGUAAGCAGAAGAACCAUAGGUUUACAAGUCCGUUGUUUGUGUCCAACACGACUUCUCUUUUUACACGUUUUCCUUGGCUCUCCAUCAGAGUUAAGGGGGC